UUGCCAGCGCCGGCUUCCCUGAGCGGCGUUCCUGUUUGCUCCCCGCUGCAGCCGCCGGCAUUUCCCUGAGCUUCCCUCUGCACCUUCCUCCCCUGAAACCGCUUCGGAGUGAUUCUUCCCAGCGCCGGGACAGACGGGCUGCUCUCGCUGUCAGGCAGCGGCAGGCUGCCGCGGCUCCCAGGAGCAGCUCGGCUCCUUCCAAGGAAGGAAGAGGCAGCCGGGAGCCGGGGGACCAGAGGAUGCUCGCCGCGGUCCCGAGCCGCAGGGAUGCGGGGUUGCUAGGAGGCAGGUGAAGGUGAAGAGGAGAGCGCUGCGGAGGACCGCAGGCCCAGAUCCGCAUGUCAGACCAGCACAGCACCGAAGAUGGGGAGACAGACCCCCAGCACAGCCUGUAUAUGGUCUUCCUCCUUGUCCUUGUCUUCUUCAUCAUGGGGCUGGUGGGUUUCCUGAUCUGCCAUGUCCUGAAGAAGAAGGGUUACCGGUGCCGGACCUUCCGAGACGAGCUCGACCCAGAUAAUAAAGACGCGCUGGCAGAGCUCCAGGCCAAUGAAGAGGAGGAGCUGAAUGAGGACACUGUGGAGAAGAUUGUGAGAUGCAUCAUACAAAAUGAAGCAAAUGCGGAAGCUCUCAAGGAGAUGCUGGGGGACAAUGAAGGGGACAUCCCAGUGCCAGUGCCCAGCCUUUGUCCCCACCGUAACAGCCAGGAUGGGGGCCCACCACAUCACCACACAGUGCAUCUGGGCUCCACACAGGCCCCCUGCAUCCACUGCAGCAAGAGGAAGAGGCACCCACUGCAUCGACAAGGACGGUCCAAGGAUGGCAAAGGCAGGAUGCACCCUGGAGAGACCACUGUCUUCUCAGUGGGCAGGUUUCGUGUCACACACAUCGGGAAGAAACCCACUUUCCAUGAGCAGCAGGAUGGGUCCCUGCCCGACGGCAGCCGGGAGCUGAGCACGGAGGAGCUGGAGCACAGCAGCGAGCGGCUCCAGCGGGAGCAGGCACGCAAUGGGACUGUCCCUACGGGUGCCCUGCAGAACGGAGACGUCCAGAAGGGUGUCCAGGGUGGCAAAAGCGGGGGGCAGAGCUGCUCCACCACCCCGGCCCCCAACACCCCAGCCAGCUCCAGCACUCGCGACAGCCGGCGAGCGGGCAAGGGCUCCGGCACGGCGGGAUCCCUGCAGGAUGCUGGCACUGCUCCUGGCAGCACCAGCCGCCAGAGGAAGCUCCUGAGCCAGCGGAUGCUCGGAGGGUCGAGUCCCAGCAUCCCGGGAGCGCUGGUGCAGGAAGGAGCCAGCAUCUGCCUGGAGGAGAUCGGACUGGGGUCGGCAGAUGAAGUGUCGGAUAUUCACGGGAGCUUGAGUCUGCAUGAGCAGGCUGAUGACUUGGGAAGAGAUGACAACAGCAGGAAACAUCCCGCAGUGGGGGAUGUGGGGCAGAAGGGGCCCAGUGCCGUGGUGCAGGACCGAGGAGCAACAGUGUGACCUCCUCUCCGCUCCUGGCUGGAGCGUGGACAGGAGGUGCUCCGCCCCUGACCCCUGCCGGGCUGGGGGCUCUGCCAUGGGGUACCCGUGGGGCAGCCGGCCCCGGGUUGGCAGCUACGCGCUUGGCAUGGCCGGAGCGACGCGCCGACGUUACAGACAACGCGCUCGGUGCCAGACCUCAUCCCAUUGGCAACAGGUACCUGACUCCCACCCACUGCACCAGCCCUGGAGACCUCCCCGGGCCUGGCAGGGGCAGGACAGGAUCCGGUCCCCACUACCCACCCGGUGCCAGGGGAAGGAUGGAGCCGAGGGGCUGCAGCGAGGGGCAGGGAUGGAGGCAGCAGCUUGAGCUCCCCCAGGGUGCAGGGCAGCACCCCCAACCCACCCAGCACGUUCACCACAGAGCACAGCCCCCCCGGGCACCCCUGCCACGCAGAGCGGGCACAGGCACACAUCCUGCACCGGUAAGGGACCCGGCAAGGUCCCUGUGGGAUGAGGUGGAGAGAAGAGCUUCCAGUCCCAUUCCCAGCACAGAAACCACUGGAGCCUGGCCCGGGGUGGGGGGAAGGAUUGCAGCCAGGCCAGCGGGCAGCCCCCAUGCCUGCAGCAAGCUUUGGUGUGUAACCGCACUGUACAUAGACAAGCUAUAAACCAUUAAAGCUGCUGAACCCCUCGA